GAACGCGCUUCCGUUCCCAGGGAACGCUUUCAGUCGGCCGACUCCGCAUUCCCGGCUGCUUUAUUUAAUCUGGGCCGCCCCUUCUAAUGACGACAAUGUUUUAAAUAAAUAAAUAAAUAUAUCCACGGAGGCCAGUGGUCAUACGUGCCGGUGCGGUCUGAUACGGUCCUGGCAGACUAGGCUGAAGCUGCAGUCUCUUGGCUACGUCCGUACUGUCGAAGAGCUCCCGGUAGGAAAGUGGAUGAGGUUGAUGCUGCUUUGCUGCACCUGGAAGGACGAGCGCAUGGGAGAGGAGGAAGCCGGCGAGAGCUUGCCCGUGUGUGCAGGAUGUCAGCGCCGCAUCUACGAUGAGCAGUACCUGCAGGCCCUCGAUACAGACUGGCACACGGUGUGUUUCAGAUGCUGUGAGUGUGGUGUCUCCCUAUCUCACUGGUACUAUGAGAAGGACGGCCGGCUCUUCUGUAAGAAGGACUACUGGGCCAAGUUCGGGGAGCUGUGUCAUGGCUGCUCGGAGCCCAUCACCACGGGCCUCAUCAUGGUUGCAGGGGAACAGAAAUAUCACCCAGAAUGCUUCACGUGUCUGAACUGCCGGGCCUUCAUUGGGGACGGGGACACCUAUGCCCUGGUGGAACGCUCCAAACUCUAUUGCGGGCACUGCUACUACCAGACCAUCGUGACCCCUGUGACCUUGCCAGACUCCCCCUGCUCUAAGAUCCCCCACACGGUCACCCUGGUGUCCAUUCCGGCCUCCACUGAUGGCAAGCGAGGAUUCUCCGUCUCCAUCGACCAGGGCUGCAGCGCCAACGGCUUCGGCCACAACGGCGUCCCGGCGGAGCACGGCCACACGGUCCGAGUGUCGGAGGUGGACUCCGAGUGCAUUAGCCCAGAUGUAAAGAACUCCAUACACGUAGGGGAUCGGAUCCUGGAGAUCAACGGGACCCCCAUCCGGAACGUUCCGCUGGAUGAGAUCGACCAGCUCAUCCAGGAAACCAGCCGUCUGCUGCAGCUGACCAUCGAACAUGACCCCCACGACCAGGGGGGCUCCAGGGACCUGCUGGACAGCCCCAGCCCCCUUUCGGAAGUGUGCAGCCCUGUGGGGCCGAUUACGCACCCCCCCAACUCGGAUAUCCACAGCCUGCGUACCAGAGUCAUUACGCGUAGUUACAGCAUCGACAAGUCACCGUGCUCCAGCAACACGGCCUCGCCGCUGUCGCAGCGGAAGGACAUCGGCCGCUCCGAAUCGCUGCGCGUCGUGUCCAACCGGACGCACCGCAUCUUCCGCCCGUCUGACCUCAUCCACGGCGAAGUGCUGGGCAAGGGGUGCUUCGGACAGGCCAUCAAGGUGACACACCGGGAGACAGGGGAGGUGAUGGUGAUGAAGGAGCUCAUCCGCUUUGAUGAUGAUACUCAGAGAACCUUCCUCAAGGAGGUGAAAGUGAUGCGCUGCCUCGACCAUCCCAAUGUGCUGAAGUUCAUUGGAGUCCUGUACAAGGACAAGCGGCUCAACUUCAUUGCGGAGUACAUCAAAGGCGGCACCCUGAGAGACAUCAUCAAGAAGAUGGACAACCAGUACCCAUGGAACCAGCGAGUGGGCUUCGCCAGGGACAUCGCAGCAGGCAUGACGUACCUGCAUUCCAUGAAUAUCAUUCACCGGGAUCUGAAUUCCCACAACUGUCUCGUCAGAGAGAACAACAGUGUGGUGGUAGCUGACUUCGGACUUGCCCGACUCAUGGUGGAGGACAAAAACCCGGACAGGCUGUCCACGGGCAAAAUCCAGGGCCUGAAGAAGCCAGACCGGCGGAAGCGUUACACUGUUGUGGGGAACCCCUACUGGAUGGCCCCUGAGAUGAUCCAGGGAAAGAGCUACGAUGAGAAGGUGGACAUCUUUUCCUUUGGUAUCAUGCUCUGUGAGAUCAUUGGCAGGGUGAAUGCAGACCCAGACUACCUGCCCCGGGGCAUGGACUUCGGGCUCAAUGUCAAGGGCUUCCUGGAGCACUACUACCCUGCAGAUUGCCCCUCGUCGUUCUUCCCCCUGGCCGUCAUGUGCUGCGACCUUGAUGCCGAGAAGCGACCUGCAUUUGCCAAGUUGGAGGAAUGGCUGGAAAACCUAAAGAUGCACCUGGAUAUCCGACUGCCACUCACCUCUGAGCUGGACCAAGUACACCGCAAAUUCUGGCAGGACCACCCCAGCUCGGACAACGGGCUACACACGCACCCAGAGCAGCCCGAGUAGGGCGUCCUCCGGGGGGGACGGGGCUGGAGGUGACGGGUCUCUGCUAGUCCCCAAGGACGUAGAUUGAGAGGUUUUAGAGGGGCUUGAGCCCCAUCACACAUAGCAGUGCUGACUGGUGCCAUGGCAGUCACUGAGGGCAUAUAGAUAACGAAUGUUGGCAUGAUGUCCACAAGGGGGUGCUGUGGCAAUCACUGUCAGGGCAGUUUUCCUGGGAUGCUGCCCAGAAUGCUUCAAGUUGUUCUUUCAAAUCCCACUCAAGCCAUUGUCGUGGUUUUGGGCCAGUCCUAGACCUUGGAACGUCAUUCUCGUCCCAGCUUCUGUGUGAUGAGCACCGUGAUAGUGUAUGUUGCGAAUCUAUCUCACGAUCUUGAUGGCCAGUUUGUGCUGUUGCACGUCUCGGGUUUGUGUUUUAGCCCACAAAUGCUACUUGUUCAGCUUUGGCCUGUUCUGCUGUAUUCCCGUGCUGUGUGCUUAUGGGUGACGUCUCUUGGUGUCAUUUAAUACCUUUUGCAAUUUUUUUUUUUUCCAUUUGGAAAACAGGCAGGAAGUCAGGACUUUAAAUGACAUGGCCGUUUCUGUGGUAACGCAGGAUGCAAUUCUUUUUGGAUGGCAUCUGACAGAAGGGAACAGAUGACCUUGGUGUCUCACUUCUGCCCCCUUGUGUUCCUUCAGCAGUGGUGCCACCAAAUGUGUCAGACUAGCUGAGGAAGCUAACACACAUUUGUCAGACGUUCCAUUUGUCUGCAGAUCUCCUGACUGUCACCUCAGCUCAUCUGUAACAGUGUCCCUAUGGAGUUCUGGUCAUCUGUUCACACAUCAUCCGUGUAUAUAGCUAAUGGAAUCGAGUAAUGUAAAUGUUUUAAAUAUUGUAUAUGUACAGAAAUAUUUUGUAUAUCGAUGCUACAUUGCCAUAUUUUUAUUAAGAGACAUGAUGAGAAUUUCAAAAGGAAAAAAAAAAACAGGCAAAAGCCAAAUUGGAGCAAGUUCUUCGUAAGAGCAGGCCCAGGUAGUACUGAUGUCACUUCCUGUUGGUGCUGUCACAGUCUGCGUAGUGACGGAGGAUAUCUCCCCUCAUCCCAGGCUUCCCCACACGCACACCAUUGCACUUCGACCCCCAUGUUCUUUCCCUUGCAGCCCACAGCGCUGCUUGCGGUGUCUCGUGCCAUGAUGCCGUUUUGUGGGGAACGAUCCAGCGGACCGGCAGACGGGAAGGGUGUGGUGUUAGGUCGCUUACUUCAGCCUGGCCGCUGGCUCUCCCACUGUGAGCUGUGGACUUGCCCGGGGAAGGGAGGCCUUCUGUGCUGCAUAUGUGGCUAAUCAGGUUUCUAGAUGUCGUCCAUUGUAAUCACCGAAUUCGUAACGAAGCGUAUAUCGGUCACUCUGGGGUCGGCACUGAGAGCCUCUCAUCAGCCCCACAGACCCACUUUUGCUGAGAAACAGGUGGCCUCCACAAUUAAGAGUAUUUUAGAAGCAGAUCCCAACAGAAGCUGCAGCUUCUGAACACCGUGCAUGUGUUAGCGCAGCGCUGUCACUGCUGUUCCCUAGGGCAUCGCGGAGGGCGCUUUGUGCAGGGGGAGGUCCCUCACAAGCUGCCUCACUGAUGUCUGUGUCUCCCCACCUCCCACCAGCCCCACCCCUGUGUGGAGCUUCCUGUUUACACAAGCCCGCUGGCUGUAAAUAUGUUUGUAAAUGUCAACGUACUGUACAUAGCAAGCCCUCUCUGCAUGGUUUAAAGAAAAAACACACACAAAAAUAGGCUAGGUGUUAGUGCUUCUGUUUUCAAACGAGCUAUUCCUGCAAGAGGAGAAAAAAUAACAAGUAAACAGCGAUAUAAAAGCAAAAAUUAGGACGGAAAAGUGUAUCCAGACAGCGGAGAUUGGCUGAGGAGGGGACAGGAAAAGCCACAGCAACCGUUUCUUUCAACCGAACCACUCAAAACCUUUUUGUGUAUAUAUAUUUUUUUUAUCUGAUUUUGUUUGCACUAUAGUGUCCGCGAGGCUGGGCAUCUCCUCCUCCUUUCUGUUUUGUUUAUGGAAGAUGAGAGUGCACCAUUUUCUUUUGUAAAUGAAUGAAAGUCUGACGGAGCCUUCCCCAUUUGGAGGGGGGGGGGGUUUCCAGAGGUGGGGCAGCAUCUCUACUCUGUGUGGCAAACGGAGAGGAACCAAGCUGGAGGUGGCAGGGUGUCCGUUCCACAAGCCAGUUACCUUCUACAGCUUUGGGAGGCCGUGGUUCCUGGGACGUAUCCAAUAGUCAUCAGAUAACCGAUGUCAGUCAACCUGACAAGGGACAUUGCCUUCAUAAUGGCACGCAGAUCUGUCUAAGUAUGUCCUUAUCCUAAGACCUCAUUUUCUUAUGGAAUUCUGACAUUACUGUAAUCCAGAUUUGAAGUGGUGUUAAUAUUGCUCUCAUCUACUGUAGUAUGCAUUGCAACGUGACAGAACGUCAGUUUCCCCGUCACAAGCUUUAUUACCAGCUUUGCUCUUCCAGACUAAUUAUGAACUACGGGACGCCCCCCAGGGAAGGUUUCAUGGCGAACAUCACAUGUUCCCUACUCAGACACCCUAAAUGGCCUAGAACAUACUCCGAUUCCUUAAAUGGGUUCCUUUCCACUUUGCCAUGGAUCUGGAGUGAGCUGCAGUCCCUGUCCCCAAGCAGAAAGAUCCUUUGAAGAAGAUGCUCUGUGCUGGCGAUGGCCGUGUCACUCUGCACCAUGACUCCUACACUGUACAUUUUACCCAUCUGGGGCCUGGUCCUCCAUUGUGAAAGCACUUAAUACAGCACGCAAAACAAACGCUCUUGCACAGGAUGGUAAAGCAAUUAAGUUACUGAUGUUGCAGAACAGAAUACUCCAACUGGAAAACAGUAUCCCACUGUCCAAAACCUCUGUUUGUGAUGCACUUAAGGAACGAACCUCUGGGUGAGUCGAGGUGUGCGAGAGCAUCAGCAUGUUCACGGCUAUUUUGGUUCCAUUCCAUCACACCCAGAAGUGUGAAUCUUUUUUUGGCAUGUCUGUGAGUGCUGGGCUCCUCUUCACAAAGGAUCAUUACCUCUGAAAAUUGACGUGCCUUUGUUUUAGCUAGCCUUGCCAAGGACUUGUGACACAAGUUUAAAAUGAUUUUGUAUAAGUCAGAAGAGAAUUUGUAUCAUUGCUCAAUUUCCAUCUGUUGUCUUUGUGUACCACGUUUGUCGGUUCCAAACAUAAUUCUUUUUUUUUUUUAACAUUUGAGGUUUAUGAUUUUUGUUGUUAAUGUUGUCAUCCUUAUUUAUUGCCACUUUGUUUUAAUUUUUACACAAGCUGUGAAAACAUUUCUGCACUUUAAUCAGGAGAGUGAUUAUUGAAAAAUCAAGGAGAUGACUGUACAUCACGGCUGGAAUAAAAUCGCCACUCCUUAAAUUAA